UUUGAAUCUUUUGAAAGAACAAAUUGAUAUUCAUUACCAAUCCACUAAUUUUUCCUAUGAGCAAACAAUGCACAAUUUUUCAUUGGAUAAUAAGAUCUUUUUUAUUCUUUGACGGGUGUCCAUAAGGGUGCAAAAAUGGAGUAGAGCCGACUAGUGUUUGGCUUGAGGUCACUUCAUUGGAUUUUUUCUCCUUAAGGGGAUGUGUUGUACGAUAUUCAAAACUUAGGGGGCAUAUAAGAAUCAGCAAAUCUUCUGGGGACCAGGGGAAAUUGCCUAUGUUAAAUUUAUAAAAAAUAAAAUAAAAAAUGUAAUGAACAGAAGGCGCACGAUAGCAUUCACCAACUCUUUAAGUAGAAGCUGCCGAAACCCUCCCAAAACCCGCGUCUCUGGAAACAUGUCCAAGAGCCUAAAUUUAAUAAAGACGAGCGCGUCGAAUCCGAAAGUCUGGGUGGUGAUCAGCGUGAGCGUGGUGGGGAUCGUGGUUGUGGCGGAGACGCUGCGCCGUAGAAGGAAAGUAAAAGCGGAUGGAAGAGUUGAUUUCGGGGCUUUUAUUGAAAGAUUUGAACUGCUUCCUUUCCCUCAGCCGCCGCCUCCCGCUGCUGCACAGCCGCUUGCAGGCUUAACAUUUGCCGUCAAGGACAACUUUGAUGUCAAGGGGUAUAUAACUGGGUUUGGGAGUCCGGACUGGGGAAGGACGCAUGAGGAAGCCGACAAAACAGCGGUGGUGGUCACUCUUUUAUUGAAGAAUGGGGCUACUUGUGUUGGCAAGACCAUAAUGGAUGAAAUGGCUUUUGGUAUAACUGGGGAGAACAAGCAUUAUGGGGCCCCAAUCAAUCCGCACAUGCCUUCUUAUAUUCCUGGAGGUUCUUCUAGCGGUUCUGCAGUGGCAGUUGCUGCUGAGCUUGUUGACUUUGCUCUUGGUACUGAUACAAUUGGCUGUGUCAGAAUUCCAGCGUCAUUUUGUGGGAUCCUUGGUUAUCGACCAUCUCAUGGGGCCAUUUCUACUGUUGGGAUUCUGCCAAAUUCUCAAACUCUGGAGACUGUUGGAUGGUUUGCUCGUACUCCAUCUAUUUUACAUCGUGUUGGUCAUGUUUUACUUCAACUAAAUGCGGUGGAACCUAGGAGGCCAAGACGCCUUAUUUUUGCUGAUGAUGUCUUCCAGCUUUCUAAGGUUCCCAAGCUGAAGACAGUGCAUGUUAUUAGCAAAGCAAUUGAAAGUCUAUCUGGGUACAAGCCUCCAAACCAUGUGAACUUUGGUCAGUAUAUUUCUUCCAGGGUGCCCAGUUUGAAAGGAUUUCAUGAAAAAUCUACAAAAUUGGAAAACGGAAUGUCUAUUUUGAAAGCUCUCUCAUCAGUCAUGAUUUCAUUACAAAGGUAUGAAUUUAAAAUUAAUCAUGAGGAAUGGAUUAAAUCAGUCAAACCAAGGUUUGGACCUGGUGUCUCUGAUUGUGUUCAUGAAGCGAUUAACAUAACACAUGAUAACAUGAAACUCUUUUAUAAAGUCCGGAGAAUGCGAGCAGCUCUUCAAAGUCUUUUAAAGGAUGAUGGAAUAUUAGUGAUUCCCACAGUUGCAGAUCAUCCAUUAAAGCUUAAUGCAAGGAAACAGUAUUCUGCUGAGUUUUAUAGUAGAGCAUACGUGCUAUCAAGUAUUGCAAGUAUGUCCAGUUGUUGUCAGGUUGCCAUUCCAUUAGGAAAGCAUGAUCAACAUCCAAUCUCUAUUUCAUUUAUCUCAUACCAUGGAGCUGAUAAAUUUCUUCUGGAUACUGUCUUAGAUAUGUACGAUUCCCUUCACGAAGAAGCCAACAUUGCAUCAAAUUCUGUGCCAUUUCCAGAUACCAAUGGUAACAUGGAUGCUUCUGAGCUCUUAAAAGAAAAGGGAAAUGCUGCAUUUAAGGGAAGGCAAUGGAAUAAGGCUGUAAAUUACUACAAUGAAGCUAUUAAAAUCAAUGGGAAAAAUGCAACUUACUAUUGCAACCGAGCAGCAGCUUACUUAGAAUUAGGAUGCUUUCAACAAGCUGAAGAAGACUGCAGCAUAGCAAUAUCACUUGAUAAGAAGAAUGUGAAAGCAUAUUUGAGACGUGGAACUGCUAAAGAGAGACUUCUCCGAUAUAAAGAGGCUCUUCAAGAUUUCAAGCAUGCUCUUGUUCUUGAACCACAGAAUAAGGUGGCUAGCCUUGCUGAGAAAAGAUUAAGAAAGCUGGUAACUUGAUGCUUUGCAUCUCUUGCCUCUCUCUCAUAAUAAACAAUUUUGGAGUUGGAUGAGGAUUGAAUGGAUCAUUCAAUAAGUAGUUUUUCAUUCAAACCUGCUUGGGUCAAAGUAAUCAAAGCAUAAAAAAGGUUGGAAGGGCUGGGUGUUGUCUGUUUGUACAAUUUAUUUUAAUUUAAUGCAAAAUAAAUAUUGUACAUGGACCUUUAAUUUUUGUGUUGUGUGAAGUGAAAGUUUGUAACAUUAGUUUGGUAGAAGCUACUUUUAUAGAGGAUGCACUGUUUUUUGUAUAAAUAUUUUGAAGUCAUUUGAGAUGAGGUGAUGUGGAACUUGAUAUAUGGUUUUAGGAUGCAAUAUGUUGGUAUUCAUGUGA